GCACUGUUAGAUGAUGACGCGCUUGUCACCAACACACGAUCAAUUUGAAACAGCACGAUCACUCGCUGGGCUAGGAGCCGAGCACAGGGGGGUUAGAGUGUUUGCGAAAUUUGUACAAUUGCUCAUUGCGGUGCUGCAAUUAAACGCGCCAGCUGCUAGUACAAGUUAGUUGGUCGAACGGUCGAGCGGCUAGUUGUUCGAUUCGUACGAAUUACUAUGUGCGGUGGCGAUCGCGACGACAAAAUUGACGUGAGAAUAAAUAAAAUGCAAAAAAAAAAAAUUAAAAAAGAUAACUAAAAAUAUACUAAAAUAUUAAAUGCCAGCGCUUCGGUGUAAAGCUAAAGUAAGAACUUUGUUGUAACGUCGACGCGCAUUAAUGAUCGUGUGCAAUGUGCCAGACUGCCUGUGUUACGGAGAUUUUUUCUUAUUAUCUUAAUUCUUGGAUUUCGUAACUUUAGCCAAGAAAUUGAAAAUAAAAAAAAAAUGUCAGACAGUUGAAUUUCAUAAGUGUUAAAUGCAUUUACGUCUUUUAACUCACCACAACAACAACGGCAUAACUAAAGCAUUUGAUUGAUCGUUGCCCUUGUUUGUUUGGAAAAGAGAACAGAAAAAGCUCAUGAGAAUUAUAAUGAAUCACUUGCUGGCAUAAAUUGAUCUGCUGACCUUUAUAAAUAUACCCAUACGGAAAUUGUGUAAGAAUAGGCAAACUUCUAGCAUUCAAUUAAAGAAUAGUGUGUCUUAAAAUAGCAGAAACUAGAAUUAUUUAUGCGAAAAUAGACGGACCACAUAUACCAAACAGUGCAAAUUACCAAACGAUCACGCCGCGAUCCAGCGACCCAGCGAUCCAUGAUAAUGUGUUUGUAAAUAAAGACUAAGUGAAAUGCAUAAAUGUGUAAUUUGGAAAUUGUUUACGUCUGUCGCUAAAAAAAAAGUGCCCGAUUAUUUUCAAUGAACCAAAGAAAAAACCCCUCUGACCUCACAAGCAAAUAGAAAACAAAUAAUAAUAAAAGAAAAUAGUUUAUUUAGCAUAAGCAGGUGUUCUUGCUUUACGUGGACACAAAAACAAAAAAUAAAGUUUCCUUCAACAACGACCGGGAAGCCUUACUUACUGAAGUUCGAAGAUCACUGCUCGUUAUACUGAAAAAGUCACCUUAACUGUGAAGAAAAUAUUCUUCACUCUCCAGUUAAAAUGAUAAAUAUUUCACAGAAACACGCAAAAUUUAAAUAUAUAAUAAAAAUAUGAAUUAAUUAUCACAAAUAAAUAAUAAAUCCGUAAAGUCAAUUCACCAACAAAUCAUAAAUUAUUAAUGUCGGAAUAAAUAUAUCACAUAGCAGUAGUGUGUUCAGAUCUUAUGGCAGAUCAGGUGACUUGAUAUGUGCGAAUUCACGUUCAUAAUGACAACAAUAAUAGUAAUUUAAUUAUUAUACGAUUCCCUAAUGCCAGUUAAAAAAAAAAUGGAUUGAAUAGUGAGGAAAACUACGCUGAAGUAAGAGGAGUUGCCGUGAGCAUACACAAAGCUGUCUACUGCCUGGCCUGUGAUAAAUCCAAAAGUUUUCAUGUAAUUGAUAAAAAAAAUUAAUUCAGAAAAAAAAUAUUUGAAUAAAAUAAAAAAUAAAAUUUUCAUAGAGACGAAAUAAAAAGCCAAAGUGAGUGAUAAUUGUGGUAAAAAUUACUGUAAAAAGUGGUUUAACUUAUGAAAUACCGUAAAGUAUUAAAUGAACUAACUUUUAAGACAAAAACGCAAAUUCAAAAAUAAAAUAAAAUAAAUUAAACAAAGAAGAAGGAUAAAAAUAGUAAAUAAUGAAACAAUAAAACGUAGCAACAAUAUAACUAAAGCUCAAGUGCCAAAUAUCAAAAAAAGACCGUUAAAAUCAACAAGAACCAAAAUCCCGAUGAGUUUCGCCUCGGCCAGCAGUCAUCAAAUCAUCGAUGAAACCGCCACGUGCACCCACCGCAACACUGCAACAUCAACCAACACAAAAUACACACAAACCAAUAAAAACGCAGCGCAGGAGACCACAUUUCCGAGGCCAACACUUUCAACAGCAACAGCGACAACAACACAAUCUGCAGCCGCAACAUCUGGAGCAACAUCAUCCUCACCAAUAUUACCAACUAUCGAAAACUUGUCCGCUUUCACACCUAAACACUCCUACGCCACCUCAGCGCCGACAACUUCAACAACGGUAACCUUCAAUCCUACUGUCACCACAUUCACCGCGCGCUGGACGCACGACACGAGCAGUGAGGGCAGCAGCGACGGCAACAGCAGCGCUAAAUCCUCAUUCUCAUCAUCCACUUAUUCCUCGGCUGUGUCAGAGACAGCCACAACGACCGCAAGCUCAACGACAGGCUUACCACCAACUACUCCGCCAAGGCCGCCAAGACCGCCACCACGCAAAGGCGGCGUCGCUACACAUAAGAGUCCGGCGCAGGCAGCCAGUUCUUUUGUGGUUAAAUGUCUGCUGAAAACGGUGCGUUUUAUGUGGCAAGUUACGGAGAUACCGACGAAAAUCGGUGAAACUCUCGGUACCAUUUAUCGUUAUGCACAGGAUUCCGUCGAGACGAUACUCUGCGUAGCUGGAAAAGCGCGUCGCAAAGAGCGCGAUGGCGAUCAAAAUUCAACAGAUACCAAAUUAUAUUUGGAGGAGAGCGUUCUAGAACGUAAGCUACCUGAAGCCGAUCUCAAAGCCUUAGUGGAUCUUCCAGCUGGCUUAGACUAUAACGAAUGGCUGGCGUCACACACACUGGCUCUAUUCGAGCACGUGAAUUUGGUUUAUGGAACUAUUAGUGAAUUUUGUACGCCAUCUGGUUGUUCAGAUAUGACCGGACCCGGCAACAGAACGUACUUAUGGUUCGAUGAGAAAGGCAAGAAGACGCGAGUCGCCGCUCCACAGUACAUCGACUAUGUGAUGACCUUCACACAGAAGACAGUCAGCGACGAGUCGAUAUUCCCAACCAAAUAUGCCAACGAAUUCCCGAGUUCGUUCGAAUCGAUUGCCCGCAAAAUACUACGCUUGCAAUUUCAUGUGAUAGCUCAUCUCUAUGCGGCGCAUUUCCGAGAAAUCGCGCUACUGGGAUUGCACACCCAUUUAAAUUUGACCUUUGCGCACCUGACCGCACUACAUCGACGCUUUACGCUGAUCGACGAGAAGGAGACGGAUGUUUUGCGUGAUCUGGAGGUGGCCCUUCGACUCACGGACGAUGGCCAAAGUUCGCUUGCCUCGUCGACGAUCACAGCCACGACCGAUGGGGGCAGCAGUGGUUGCAGUGCCGCCGGAGGCAGCGGAAGCACAAGCGGUGGUGGUUCCACAACUGAUAGCGGUAUAGCGAAUAGCAGCAGUAGUUGUAGCAGUGGCGUAGGCGGUGGUCACUCGCAGCAUCAGCAACAACAACAACAGCUUUCGGGAGUAGAGGAUGUCAAUUCACAACAGCAGCAGCAGCAGCAGCAGUUAGCAUCGUCCUUGGCGGCGGGCACAACGCUCAUCGAUGGCGAUGCGGCAGCGCCGCCCAUUUGCACACAGCCGGAGGCGCAAGCAAAACAGGCGAAUAAUGGGCAUGCGUCGACAGCAGCGGCGGUCUUUGGUGGCGGUGGUGGCCUUAUUGGUGGCAUAUUGGGUGAUUUGAGUAGCGGCGAGUUCGGCGAAACGGCGACACGCUAUUGCACUUCGGCUCUGCCGUCACAACAGCAACAGCAUCCGAGCGCUGAGGCGGGUGGACCGGCCCCCGGUGCCGGCGCGUUGCACUUGAACUUCAACAAUAAUCACCACAACCAUCAUCAUCACCACCACCACCAUCCACAUCAUCAGCAUGCGCACCAACAGGCGGCGGCGGCAGCUGCAGCGGCGACGGCGGCUCAGCCACAUCAUUUUACGCAGCAACAACAACAACAUCAACAGCACAGUGGCCUGAUACAGUGUAACGCGAGCAAUGCGCCGAAUGCGAAUGCCGUUAGCGGCGGCGCAACAACCUCAGCGAAUGCUGGGCCAGCAGCGUCGGCAGCAACAACAACGGCAUAGUUGCCAACAGCAAGAGAAGAAGAACUUAAACAAAUAAUAAUAACAAAUUCGCACGCUAGUAGUAUUGCUGCCGCGGACGGAGAGGAUGUUGCCGGUGCCGUUGAAAGUGCUGCCGAUUAUGUUGUUAACUAUCCUAAAGCCAUGACAGCAACAUUUGUUGUUGUGGAGAGUGCUGCUGCUGCCAGUAAAGCAGUCUCACAAGCUAAAGCAGUCUCACAAGCUAUUCAUGCCGCCGCCGCUACCACCAACGCCAACGCCAACACCAACACCACCGCCGUUGUAGCCGCACCCAUUGCCACAGCAGUUGCCCUUAGCGUAGGAAAGUAUGUUGUUUAUAAUUAUAAUAAAAUAGGCGUCGCUGCUAUUGUUGCCGUCAGAGGAGUAGGAGAAGUUGUAGAAGAGGAGGAGGAAGAGGAAGUGGGAAAAGGAGUAGAAGAUAGGAUUGCAGUUGAAAUGGAAAUUGAAGACAAAGCUAAAUAUAAAAACAAAGAUGAUUAUGAUAAUGAUAAUGAUAAUGAUAAUGAUAACGAUGUUAAAAGUGUUGCCGUUGCGGCCGCAAAGGAUGUAUGACGCUUAUUGCUUUAUAUUUACAAUAUAUAGAGUAGUGUUAAAACUAAAAAUUAAGAAAAAUGAAAAUACAAAAUACAAAAGAUUAAAAGCAACAAGUGCUACAACAAAUAUGCAUAAUUAAUAAACUAAAAUGCAGGAAAUGAGAAUGGGGAAAAUGUUAAAUAUAAAAGAAAACAGAAAAAAGGUGUGAAAAAUGCAUUAACAAUUUCAACAAAAUCAUAAAAUUAUUCUGCGAUAUUUUUUUUAUAUAUUCAAAUAAAAUUACUUUCCAUUAUGUUCCACGAUUCUCUGAUUAUUAAGACCCAGUAUUGAAAUAUUUGGUGUUAAAAAAAUUAUUUGCAUUGGAUUUUGGAAAGUGAUGAAUAAUAUGUUCCACAAUAACUUAGGUUUGUUAGGGCAUUUUUCACAACUCUGCUGUUUCACAUGCAUACAUAUAAGUAAAAGAAAAAAAAGUAAUAAGGGAAAAUAAACAAAUAUAUAUAUUGAUUAAUUGUAAUUGUGUCUGUAUUUGGUGUGACACCAACUAUAAUAAACAAAUAAAAUUUAGUUUCAAAAGAAAAAAA